AAUUAGAAAGAAAACCAUUAUAAAUCUCUCCAAAGUUGCCUGCAUUCUCCUUCAAUCCUCCGAUAAUCAAUAAACUAUUCUGACACUUAUUGUUUAAUAUCGUAUCAUUAUUGCUACUCUGACAUUUCAAUAAGACAUUCUCAACCAAUUAUCGUAAUACCAUGUAACUAUUGGAUGAAUGUUUAUUUAUUUUUUCCAAUUUGCCAAUAUUCCCCUAUAAUGCAUUCAUUUAUAUGAAACAAGUCUAAACCUAAUCCCAAUCUAGUAGUCUAACUUAAAAUCUUACAUUUUUAUAAUUAGUAGCAUGAUAAUACAGUUCUUUCCAUUUAUUAAAGCAAUUGGUCUUAGUCUAAAAUAUUUUGUUAAGAUUGUGAGUUUAAUGAUAUCAAUUCUUGGUAACAACCUUAAGGUGUAUGCUUUUGGGUACUCAAAAUGUUGUUAAUGA